AUGGCGCACACAAAGAGAGACGAGGAGGACCUCACGGACCGCUUCUGCGUGCCUCUGUCCUCCCUCACAACCCCGAUAGAAGUCGGCGAGAUUGGAUACACGCGCGCAGGCUCAUCCGUCUUCUUCGCCUGGCCUCCCUUUGGCCCCCUGCUCUUCGAGAACGAGAGCAGCGAUGCGCGCGACCACUGCGCCAACGAGAGAAGUGAGCCUCAGUCCCCCCUCUUCCCUUCCCGCCUUGAAAGUCUUGUCCCCGUCAAAUCUCUAACCAACAUGCUUCGGUGUCGGGCGCUGUUCGCCGCCUGGCCAGGAGCAAGCACAAAAACAGCCUUCCUAUCAUACCUGAAGCUCUCCGUGUACAUGGCCAUCGCGUCCAUCGUCAUCACCAUGUCCUUCCACAUCAAGCGCGCCCCGACGGAGCUCGAGCUCAAGAUGGCCAAGCCGAUCGGCGCCGUCUUCUGGCUCCUCUCCGUCAUGACUCUGCUGCUGGGCGUUGGCAACUAUAUGAGGACUGUGAAUCAGUACAGCCAGAAGGCGGCCAUUGUUCAGUCAGGGUGGAAGACACAGCUGAGUCUUGGGGUUUUGGCAACUUGUCUGGUUGCAACAUGCAUGAUCCUACGAUGGAUUGCCAUCAAUGACAGAGUAAGGGCUCUCGGGAUGGUUUUCGGGUGGGUAUGA